GUUCAACGAACGGUUUUUGGACCAUCAAAACAGUACCUGGUCCGUAGCGAGGACUGUGAGUCCACAUAUGCGCAUUGAAUAGAAAUUAGAAUGUUGAAAUUUGAAGGUUAUAAGGAUAAGGAAUGUUGUUUUGCCAUGGAGAAUCAAAAUAUCCCAGCUUAUAACUAAACGAGUUUCUUGUUAUGCCAAAUACAAGUGCUCUGCAGAGCGAGAGUACCACGGCACGAGCACCAGAAUUUAGAUGGAGUCAUUAGGCAACCAAAAUUCUCAUUGAAGUUUAUGGAACCUUUAAAAGGAAGCUAGGUUCCUUCGACGUCAAAAAUUCAAAGAUGAUGUGGUGGAAAAUAUCACAGGCUUUACUAGACUAUAAUAUUAAGGUAACGCCAAACAAUUGCAUCAAUAGAUGGAGGGUACUUGAGCGGAACUAUAAAAAAUAUGUUGAUAACCAAAGGCAAACAGGUAGGGGAAGAACAUUUUUUGAGUAUAAGCAUGAAAUGGAGGAGGUAUUUCUCAAGAAAAAAAAUAUCCGUCCUGAAUUGCUGCUAGCAAGUGAUCAAAUAGAUACUCAAAUAGAUAUGAACAGUGAUAAUGCUAUCACUACAGCUGCACCAGAUGUCUCUUCACCAUCUAAAAGCGUAAGCAGCCCAAAAUCAUUGCAAGCAGUGACACCACAGAAGAAAAGUCAGAUAAUUCGAAAAAGACAAGGUAUUAUGGAAAAAAUAAGAAGUGACCGCAAAACUUAAAAUUAGAAGAAAUGAAAAAAAGGAACCAACUGAUUGAGGAACGAAACAACAUCCUCAAAGAAAAGCAGUGUAACUGUCACCAAACAAGCUCCUAGAUUUACUGUAUUUUGCCAUUAAAGUUAAGUCAUAGUUUAUUAGUUUUGUUGUGUUCAGUAUUGAAAUAUUAAUUUUAUAUUAUGUUAUGUU